AUGGCGCCAGCGAUCCCGGCAGGGUUUGACGAAGAAAACUGUGCGAUAUGCCUGGAGCAAGUCGUGGACCGCUGUGUGCUCCCGAAAUGUUUUCACUCGUGCUUCUGCUUUGACUGCGCGGUAGAAUGGAUCCGCGUUCAGCAAGAAACAAAAAAGUGCCCGCUGUGCAUGACCCCUGUUGGCGAUCAUAUCCUACACAACCUCGAUCCUGCGCUGUCCAACUUUGCUAUAUUUUAUGUGCACGAUGCGCGCACCGACAAACCCGCCGUGCAAUCUGUACAUGCGGCAGGGGACGAUGCAUUGCUCGAUAUACAAACGCAAGACACGCCACGGCGCGAGCCUCCAAGCAUAGCUGAGUUGCAGCGCAGAGAGGAAGCGCAGCAGCGAAGAAAACAGAAUCGCGCAUUGGAACGACGUCGAGGUGUAUACCGCAACCGCACGUUUGCCAAACAUGUGGCGUCGAACCGCUAUACCAAGUAUACGCCGUAUCCCGGCGCAAGCGGCUUCCGAAAAUAUCCCAUGUACGCCAGACUUCUUUCUGUUUUUCUACAGCGUGAGCUACAAGUGUGGCCGCACCUGGAUACCGCGUUUCUGUCCUACUAUAUACCCGCACUCUUAUCGCAUGUGGACCUCCGCUCCGAUGCGAUGCUAAAGUGCCUGACUGAGUGGAUCGGAAACGAGGAGGAGGCGCAGUUGCUCGUCCACGAGAUGGAGCUUUUUGUGCGCAGUGGACGUGGCGUGCUUGGACUGGACCAGUACGAUACGAGCCCCUGGCUGCAAUACGAGUAG